UGAGCCGGGCUUUAGUUCCCUUCUGGUAGCCUCAGUUUGUGUUUUCUCGCUAACCUGAAGCUAGCUAGCUUCGGCACUUGGAGCGCAUUCCAGCAGGGACCGCCGCUCAACCCACCGGGACACAAAACAUGACUUUAAGGAAUAAGUUUAAGCGCUGACCAGUAACGUGUUUGAUCUGCCUAACUCGACAUUGUGUGUUUAAACGUGUGGCAUGCUGAGAAAAAAACUGUUUUGUCGGUUCACACCCAAGUUCGUAGCUCCGGUGAGACGCAGCAAGUAGAAGAAGGAGCCCAGCCCAGACACGAACAACACCGACAUCAUCUGUUUGUCACGCAGCGCCGCAGCUGCCAUUUCUACUCAUUUAAGGUGGAUAUGAUUAUAUUUCGACUGACCGUUGAAGGCUCACGACACACCCGUGGGUGUCAGAGAAGCCACCAGAGACGGUGGAGCCACGAGAUGUGAUUUGACAGCUCCAGCUCCCUUCCAUCACAUUGGCACUUUGGGGUGGGGUGGGGAAGGCCUAGUCUCCCACCUUGAUCAGGCCGAGUCCCCCCUACCCAUGGACAAACAAGGAGCCAUGAGCACCUCAGGCAAGGCGAGCGGGCUCAAACCCCCCAGCAAAAUAGUCCGUCCAUCCGGGGUGCCGACAAAGACGUCUCCAUCGUGUGGUGCUCCAAAGCCACUCCCUCCUGAGAAGUCCCCCGGCAGCGUGACCUCCCCAACCCAGGAGGGUGUUGCUGACUUUCAGAUCGGGGACAGGGUCUGGGUCAAUGGCAACAAGCCUGGCUAUGUGCAGUUCAUCGGGGGCACGCAGUUCGCUCCGGGCCAGUGGGCGGGCAUCGUGCUGGAUGAGCCUAUCGGGAAGAACGACGGGUCUGUGGCGGGGGUCCGGUACUUCCAGUGUGAGGACGGGAGGGGGAUUUUCACUCGGCCUUCAAAGCUCUCCAAGACUGCGCUGCCGGAGAAGGAGGCGAACGGGGGGCAGGCCAGUCCGGCACCAGGAGCCUCUGCGACGAGCGAGUCUGUGCCUGCUGGCACCACCUCAACUGCUCAGCUCAGCGCCAUAAAGACGAGCUCUGUACUCAACCGAAUGCUGACGUCCAGCGAGUCGGUGUCGAACCUCUCAGACACGGACUCACAGAAGAAGAUGAAGAGGGAGCUGAGGCUUGGAGAUCGAGUGCUGGUUGGUGGUACGAAGGCAGGAGUGGUUCGGUUUCUGGGAGAGACAGACUUUGCCAAGGGGGAGUGGUGUGGAGUGGAACUAGACGAACCUCUUGGAAAGAAUGACGGGGCUGUGGCAGGGACCAGGUACUUUCAGUGCAUGCCCAGGUAUGGCCUGUUUGCUCCGGUCCACAAGGUGACACGUAUCGGCUUCCCCUGCACCACGCCUACCAAGGCCAAGAGCUCACGGCGGAGGUCCACCCUGAAGAGGAGCCCGAGCGCUUCGUCCAUAAGUUCGCUCAGUUCUGCUGCCUCCUCAAUCAGCGGCAAACCCAGCCGAGCAGGACUGCUGACGGAGACUUCUGCUCGGUACGCUCGUAAGAUUUCUGGCACCACCGCACUGCAGGAGGCCCUGAAGGAGAAGCAGCAGCACAUCGAACAGCUGCUGGCGGAGAGAGACCUGGAGAGGUGUGAGGUGGCGAAGGCAACCAGCCAUGCAGGAGAGGUGCAGCAGGAGCUGACUCUGCUGAGGAAAGGACGGGAUCAGUACACUAUGGAGAUGGAGGCAAAGCUGGAUCAGCUGCGAUCGCUGGUGGAGGCGGCCGAUCGGGACAAGGUGGAGCUGCUCAACCAGCUGGAGGAGGAGAAGAGAAAAGUGGAAGACCUGCAGUUUCGUGUGGAAGAGGCCUGCAUCACCAAAGGAGACCUGGAGACGCAGACCAGGCUGGAGCAUGCCCACAUUAAGGAGCUUGAGCAGAGCCUGCUCUUUGAAAAGACCAAAGCUGAAAAACUCCAGAGGGAUUUAGAGGACACCAGGGUGGCCACGGUGUCGGAGCGCUCCAGGAUCAUGGAGCUGGAGAGGGAGGUGGCAGACCUCCAGCUGAGGCUGCGGGCGUCCCAGCAGAAGGAGGAUGCUGUGUCCCUGUCCCAGCAACAGAUCAGCAGCCUCAAGGCCCAGGCACAGUCUCAGGAGAAAAAGAUCAGCGAGCUGAGUGUCGACGUGGAGAGCAAACAGAAGGAGCUUCAGUCUGUGCGGCAGGAGAAAAGCUGUCUGGAGGAGCAGCUGACCAGCCUGAGACGAAAGCUGGAGACAGCUGAGGAGGAGAGCAGGAGGACAGCAAAGACCGUGCAGGAACUGGAGCAGAGCGUGGAGCAGUCGAAGAAAGACUACCAGGCCCUGAAGGAGGAGAGUCAGCGCAGAGAGAAGGAGCUCACACAGGCUGUGGAAAAGUCAGAGAGGAUGGCGCUGUCACUUGAGCAGCUGACCAAUGAGAAGAAGACCCUGGAGAUGCAGCUCGAGGCUUUGAAGGAGCAGAACUCCAAAUACCAGGAAGAGCUCAGCCUGUCGAAGGAGCGAAGCGGCUCAGAAAACCAGCGCAUCGGAGUCCUCUGCAAGGAAAUCGAGGAGCUGAAGCUGGCCUCCCAGAAGUCUCAGCACCUUGACCAGCACAAUGAGGAGUGGAGCAGCCAACAGGCGGACAUGAAGACCAGAGAAACCGUCUCGAAUCAGCAAACACAGGAGGAAACAAACUUCCAGAAAUCCACCGCAGCCUUAGUCUCCGACAAAGACCGGGAACUGGAGACUCUGAGGAAUGAGAUCGCGGUUCUGCGAGGAGAAAACGCCGUGGCCAAGACGCUGCAGUCGGCCGUGGAGACGCUGGAGAGAGACAAAGCUCAGCUGCAGAGCCGUGUUCACAGCCUGGAGCAAAGGCUCAUGGGAGGGCAGGGCUCAGAGGGCGCGGACGCCGAAGCUCCACCCUCAGGCGAUUCAGCUCUGGACCAGCUGAGGGAAGAGAAGGAGUUCGCUGAGGGACAGAUCAACUUCCUGAACAGCGUGAUUGUGGACCUUCAGCGGAAGAACGAGGAGCUGAAGAUCAAACUGAAGAAGCUCGCGCUGGCUGAGUUCAACGGCAACGACGAGACCGACGGGUUCGUCGAAGGUGUUUCCAAGCGGGAAAAGAAGGCGACUCCGCGUCUGUUCUGCGACAUCUGCGACUGCUUUGACCUCCACGACACAGAGGACUGUCCCACUCAGGCCCAGAGCCCCGACUCUGUACCUCACACCACCUAUCACGGCAACCCGGCCGACGAGAGGCCCUACUGCGACAUCUGCGAGGCCUUCGGACACGCCACCGAGUCCUGCAACGACGACCAGACCUUCUAGAGGCUCGCAGCCUUUAACUGUCCCGCUACAUUUCCCACAAUCCAACAUGCCUGACUAAAUUCCCUUCAGAGUUUUCCAUAUUGUAUUUUUAUACUGUAUUUAUGCAUAUCACUGGUAGCCACCGUCCCCAUCUAAACCCUUUUCUCUAAAGAUAAACUCCUCAGACUGUAAUGCCGAACGCUCGUCCAAAUAUGCUGCUUUGGUGCAAUAUUGAUGUUUAGAACAAAAGGAGUUCGUCCUCUGCGCUCGUUGUUUUUAACGUGUUCUUUUGCAUUUGUUUCUAAAACAAGUGACGUUUCACGAUGUUUUCUUGGGGGGCUUUCGUGGGUUUUUUUAGCCAAAAAUGAUGCAACGUGAUUAAGCACAAACGAAACCGAAGGGAAAAUGAAGCACCUCGAAGACAUUCCUGCCAUCUUUAUCACAUUCCUGUCAGUCUGCACAGCUACGAACCGAUCAGAAACCGUCGAUUACUUCUUCACGUGUAACAGUAUUUUACAAAGCGAGAGUUGGGGCCGCCGUCAGGAACAAAAGGUGAUGUUUUGAGGAAAAAUAGUAUUAUUGAUCCAGAUUUAAAUCAAAUAGUGAAACAACGUAAACAGCAUUCGGUCAAAGCUUCAAACCAACUUCAUCAUCUCUAAGCAGAAUUCAAAAUUCACUAACAAAAUCGUUUACUGUAAAAGUACUGUAGAAAUCAAAGUAAAUACUAACUAAAUACUCGCUCUUGCCUUCUUUUCCUUGUUUACUGUGUUGAAGUAGUAAAACCUCGUAAUAUUACAACUUUAUUUUGGAAAUAUUCUGAGUUUAUUCUUUAGACCUGUUAUGUUGUAACGACUUUAUUCUCUAAACAUUUUGACUUUGGAAGUUUAUUUUUUGGAAAUAUUACGACUUGAUUAAUAACUGAAGAAUUAUUUAUUGAUGAAUUUUUCGUGGCUGUAAUCAGCCUAAAUGUUAACUGAAGGAAAACCAGUAACACUUUGUCACAUCAGUGAAAUUGUUCCUUACGAUGUUAUCAACUUUUUUCCAGAGCUUUAAACUUCAUCUCGCCGUCGUCAUCAGUGGGUGGAGUUUAUUCCCGAGUUCAAGAGUUAAAGAGUCAACUCCAUCUGCUGAUGAAGACCAUGAGAUGCAAACGAAGACUGCAGAAACAGUAAGCGGACCUUGACUUAAAGGACCAGUCCACAGAUUUUUCACAUAAAGGUCGGUUUACUUGUUUGCUUGCUUUAUUUGUGAUACUUUUGUGUUGGUCAAAACGGUCUCGUUAUGGAGCUUUCACCAUCCUCACAGUACCUUCAUCAGCACAUAUUUUCCCAGUUUGUGGUGGAAUUUUAGAUGUUGAGCUUCAUUUUUCUCUGGGCACUUUAAGGACUUUUGCUCCAAAUUUGAGAUUCAGAGGUCGUGUGCGUGUGCAUGACGGUGUGGCAACUCCACAGCAGCAACUCGUGAUGAGAUUGUUGUGCCAAUCUUACAAACACUAACAUUUUUGUCUUGUUACGCCCCCACUGAUCUGCACGCAGGUUAAUAUCAAAUAAUGCCACUAAACGUCAGUGUUUUUGUUAUUUAUUGUCUGAUCUUUGACUAACCAGUGAGGUUCCCACAGGGAGAUAAGCUAGCACUGAUUAAAGGUGUAUAGUCUGUACCAGGACUACUGUAGUAUAGGUGGGCUGCCUCGUGUUACUCAUAUGAAACUAUAGGAGCCUCUGCAAGUUUUGCACUGUCCACUUUAAAGAUUCAGCAGACACAUACAGCGCUUUAAUUUUAUGACUCUAGACAAAAAGUGAUGUUGUGAUUUCAUCCUAAAGGUCAGCACAGAUUAUUAAUGUUUAAUUAACUAUUUAAUACGGCCCUCUUUAAAGCAAAUGUUUCACGUUUUGGCAGAUACGCUCAUUUGCUUUCUGUCAGAAGAAAAGUUCAAACAUGCUCGUGUAUGCAUGCUAAAUAUAAAGCUAUAGCAGCUUAGCUUAGCUUAGCUUAGCGCAAAGUUUGUAAACACGGUGGAGGAGCUAGCCUAAUCCACAGUGUUUUGUACAGAUUAAAGAUGAUGUUAGUGAGAUUCAGAGGCACCAAUAGGUGGACUCGGACAGAGAAAGGCUACCUGUUUCCAGUCAAGCUAAGCUAACCUGCUGUAGCCUUAUACUGUAUUUAAAGGGAAAGUUCACCAAACAGUUCAUCUGUGGGUGUGGAGUCUCCAUAUCCUACUAGCUAGCGGCUCAAAGGUACAGUAGCUGCUGCUAGCAAAACACACCUGAAUCUUCAACCAAACUGUUGGCGGUCGAAUUGCGUUGUGGGUAAUGUAGGCACCAGGUUUUGACAAGGGAAUGUGGGGAAUAAAUGAAAGACGAAGUUUCUGUUUCCAUAAUGUUUUGCGAGAGCGACGCUAAAUCUGUGGAGGAUGAACGCAUUUCUCAAAAUGUCAAACUGGUCCUUUAAAUUAACCCUGUAUGCUGACGUGUAUUUGACUUACUUGUUCUUAAGCACAAUUUUGGAUCAUAUUGAAUCUUGCAGGGUGACAGUGUACAGCACAUGAUGUGACUAACCAUCGACGAGAGUCUUUGUAAAUACUAAUCAGAGGCUUCCUUCUGAUGAACGUGUACACGGUGCCACGAUCAAAAGGUUUUAAGCUUUUAUGUGUACUACAUUUUAUUUUUCUGCCCUGUUGAUAAGAUUGACAUUGUAUAAGGAGGUUUUCACUCCAGGAGGGGAAAAAGAAGCCCGUUUGUAUAGACUUUAAAACAUUGUGUACUUUGUAAGUGGUGCGUCUAAUUAUUAGUGUAAUGUUUUAUAUGUAACAGUUCCAGGCACCAUCUGGAAGUGGUUUCGAAGCAUUCAGAGCAUUUUACAGGUGUUGCCGUGGUGUAAAAUGUCACAGUUUUCUAUGUACUGUAUACUCCUGAACGGUCCAAUAGAAAUACCAAGCAAAGAAA